CAACGGAAUCCGUAAAUUCUCUAUCUCAUAAGCGUCUCUUUUUUGUUCUCUGGGCCAGAAAAAAUUAAAAACCUCUUACUCUUUUCUUCUCGAAAAGAAAAUUGGAUUUCAUUUUCAUGGCGAUGGCCUCCUUUGCAAUCUCCAUAUUUUCACUAGCAACUGUUGCUCCUACUUGCAAAAACUAUAGGCCAUUUCUCUCUCAAACCACCUACUCUUUUAAAUCCAUUUCCAUUCGAGCUUCCUCUACUUCCCUGGAUUACUCGACACCCUCUUCUGUCAAUGAACAAAAAGCCUUCAAACCCACUAAGACAAAUUAUUGGGAAUGGAAGUUCAAGGAUAAUGUAAUUGACGUGUACUAUGAAGAGCAUGAGCAUGAAAGCACUGGUUCUCAGAAGAAUAUACUUAUGAUGCCAACAAUAUCAGAUGUAAGCACUGUGGAAGAGUGGAGAGGUGUUGCUAAAGACAUUUUGGAACGGUCUGGUAAACUCAAUUUGCGAGCAACUAUUGUUGAUUGGCCUGGAUUGGGGUUCUCUAGCAGGCCAAAGAUGGAUUAUGAUGCUGACGUGAUGGAAAACUUCGUUGUCGACUUUAUUAACGAGAUAAGUUCCUCAGAGAAUGAUUUGUUGGUCUUUGGAGGUGGUCAUGCUGCCACAAUAGUGGUUCGGGCAGCAAAAAAGGGGUUGGUGAAGCCGAAGGCUAUUGCUGCAGUCGCUCCAACCUGGGCUGGUCCCUUGCCUAUCGUGUUUGGUCGAGAUUCCAGUAUGCAAACUAGAUAUGGGCUGUUAAGGGGCAUCUUAAGAACCCCAGGUGCUGGUUGGAUGAUGUAUAAUAUGCUUGUGAGCAAUGAGGGGGCAAUUCAAUCCCAGUACAAGUCUCAUGUGUAUGCAAAUCCUCAAAAUGUGACUCCAGCAUUUGUUCAAAGCAGAUACAAGUUAACAACAGAGAAAGGAUCCCGAUACGUUCCCGCUGCUUUCUUGACUGGUCUCCUUGACCCUGUUAACUCCCGUGAUGAGUUCCUUGAACUCUUUUCUGGUUUGGAGGGGAAAACUCCCAUUCUGGUCGUGUCAACUGAGGGAUCUCCGAAGAGAUCAAAAGCAGAGAUGGAAGCUCUCAGGGAAGCAAGAGGAGUCAGCAAGUUUGUUAAGGUUGCUGGUGCUCUUUUACCACAUGAAGAGUACCCUUCCAUGGUGGCCGAGGAGCUUUACAAGUUUUUGCAAGAGAAUUUCGAAGUCAAUGCUUAAAGCCCUUCAUGCUGGACUUUCCAAGUAACGGGGUAUAAUUUUUUUCCCACAACAAUAUGAAUAUGAUACUCAAACACUAUAGCUUGUGAUAAAUAAGAGAGGGUAUAAUUAUGAGACGCUUUGUAUUUUAUCA